AUGCUUCUACCACCCUGCAGGAAUUCAUUGAAUUCGCGACCCCACAUUGGAUGGCACAUAAAGCCAAUCGACAACCCAUAUCAACUUCCCCAGCUUGCUUCUAAACACUCCCAGAGACUCACGCUUUCCAUCAUGUAUCUACCCACCUUACUCAGCCUCCUAAUUCUCUCCUCGCUUUGCCUCACUCAAACCACUCCCAUAAACCUUACCCUCAUCGUUACCAACUUCUCCGCUUUCAUGGCCAACCCCUAUAUCGAAGGCCCGCAAUCCAACCUCUCCUUCCACGUCCUUGACCCGCGACCUGGCUUCUACGCAGAAGCCGAUUGUAUCAUUCCGCCGACAUAUUUCAACCUUUACGCGAUUUCCGCACUCUGGGAUUACUGUGGCGAAAGGGCAUUGGAUAUUAGUUAUCGGUUUGGGGAGGGGUAUUUGACAGUUAGGAGGGGGUGGAGGGUUGAUAAUGUUGGCAAAAUGCCUAGUGAGAAGGGGUUUUGGGAGGAGAAAGGAAAUUCCACAUACCUUACCGGCUCCAGCACACAAAACACCUACUGGAGCGCCAGCGGGCCUGACGCAAACGAAACCAGGCUACCCGACGGCGAACUAUUCACGAGGAAAAAAGAGUGGCUGUUCCCCGUCACUCGGCUGCAGACAUCGACACCUCCAUAA